CCAGCAACUUCGGGAAAACUUUUUUUCUUUCUUUCUUUUUCUCCCCAGCUGCGGCGGCUGGAGCAGCGCCCGAGUCCCGUCCUCUGGCCGCCCUCUGUGCGCUCCGGCCGGGGAUGCUCUCUCGGGCCGGCGGCGGGGACGGCCGGCUGCUCGCCCCGCUCCUCUCCUGGCUGCUGCUGCUGCCGCUGCUGCUAUCGGGGCUGGGCGGGGUGGCGGGGGCGCCGUCGGAGCUGCGGGUGCGAGUGCGGCUCCCCGACGGGCAGGUGACGGAGGAGAGCCUGCAGGCGGACAGCGGCGCCGACAGCGUCAGCCUGGAGCUCCGCAAGAGCGACGGGACCCUGGUCACCCUGGCCGCCGACUUCAAGCAGGAGGUGAAGAUAUUCCGAGCCCUGAUCCUCGGGGAACUGGAAAGGGGUCAGAGCCAGUUCCAAGCGCUUUGCUUUGUCACCAGGUUGCAUCGCAACGAAAUCAUUCCCAGCGAGUCCAUGGCCAAACUACGACAGAAAAACCCACAGACGGUGCGGCAGGCGGAGGAGGUCCGCGCGCUCGAACACCUCAGCAUGGAUGUAGCUGUCAACUUCAGCAAAGGGGCCCAGCUGAGCUCUCACAUCUACAACAUCUGUUCGGAGGCCAAGGAGACCAUCUAUAGUCGAGAAGAAGACGUCAAGUUCUGGAUGGAGAAAGGGGUGGACGGCUCCAUGUUUGAGGUCCUACCUCAGUCUGCUGACCUACCUGGCCUGCAACAUUGUCGGGUCUGCGCAGACCGUUGGAAACCUUGCAUCUGCAGCUACGCCUUGAACAUUGAGUGGUAUCCCUGCAUGCUGAAGUAUUGCAAGAGCCGAGACGCAGCUGGAAAGACAACCUCUUACAAGUGUGGCAUCCGCAGCUGCCAGAAGGCCUACAGUUUUGAUUACUAUGUACCCCAGAAGCAGCUCUGCCUGUGGGAUGAAGAGACUUAGCAGGACAGCUGAACAGCCAUCUUGUUUUUCGGACUGGGAGAACUUGUCUUUGACCUUCCUUCCUGGAGCUCUGUGUAGGACUACCAAAGUGGCCACCUGGGACUGAAAAGAGGAAGGGGUAGGGCAUGGAGGGAGGGAGGGAGGGCUAACCCCUGUGAGAUACCUCCUAAGCAUGUUUUGGAGCGAGUCUCCCUCUUCUCCUGUAGAAGGAGGCAUCUUCAGAUUUACAGGCAGAGACUACAAUCAACGUGACGUUGUCAAAAGAUGAGGAACAUCAAAAUGAAGACUGUUCUCCAGGUUGACAUGACUUUUGAAGCUUCUUGACCACAAUGAGAUUUGUGCCUGCUUUUUUUUUUUUUCUUAAAUGAAGACAAAGAAGAUAGAUGUCCUUCCUGAAUAACCUCCUAGAAAGGAUUAGACACCAAGUAGGUAGCAGAAUGGAUAGAGGAUCUUCUGGACGAAGCUCGUGAGCUUCCAGAAUGUUCUACAGCUGCUACCUGGAGCCACCAGAAGGAGGAAACUUAAAGCCAUGAUGACGUUGGAAUCUGGAAGGACGUGACACUGAUCAUUCUGCAUCAUUUCAUGCAAGAAUAAGAGAUUAUUUGAGAAGGCUGUAGGACGGUUGGUUCUCCAACGACCGGCUGUCAGUUACCACCAUCCCAUGUGCUUCCAGUGACCAAUAUCCAAGGGAUAAUUGCCAUCCCUGGACAGCUUUGACGACGGCAGUUUGCCAAAAUGCCUCUGAUGUAUAUAUGCUGCGUAAUCAUCUGGGUGGGUCACCCAGCCCAGCUCUUGAUCUCGAUUGGCUCCUUAAUGCCAGAGGAGGUGGGAAUAUAGAUCUCUGGCCUCUUAAGGGUGUCAAUCCCGCUCUCUCUUUUUUCCCCUCCCUCAUCACUCUGCCUUAAUGAGAGAUUGUACCCACCUCGCUUCCAGGGACCAAAAAUUGCAGACAAUCAGGAUCCAUUUUCAAGAGGGAUCCCUAAGCCUUUCCUGGCCAGGACAUCCCAGGGCCUUCCUUUUCUUCUGAUUAGAAAGUCAAAUGCUUACUUUCUAACAUCUUUCAGUACCUCCUCUCCCACAAAAUUGUGAUUAGACAGAGCAAUGCAGUGUGUGUGUGUGUGAGAGAGAGAGACAGAGACAGAGACAGAGACAGAGAGAGACAGAGAGAGAGAGAGAAUAUUAAACUAUGGGGAGCCACAAUAUGUCAAAAUAUGAAUGCCCCAAAUAUUGCAGAAACAGUAGCAGAAUGUUUGGGUUACAGAAAUGGACGAGAUACCCAGAUACGAAGUGGGGAAGCAGCAGAAGUGUGAUGUUGUGUACGGUCAGUUCACACCUGGCUCUUUGUCCUUCAAAGUAGCAUCCUUUGAAGAUCCACAGAAGAAGCCAGUGGUGAAAUAUAAAAUUUGUUGCUAGCAGUUCUGUGGGCGUGGCUUGGUGUGUGUGUGUGGGGGUCAUGUGACUGGGUGGACGUGACCAACUUUUUUUUUUUUACUUUUUUAAAGCAUGUUUAAAUACCUAUUCGACAGAACUGCUAGUAAAAAAUGCUUUUAAAAGGCUUUAAAAAAAGGUUCCGACGAUCAUAGCUAUGCUGCGUGAUCAUCGGAACCCUUUUUGAAGCAUUUUUUUUACGGGAACCAGUUGUAAAAAAAUCUUUAAAAAAAAGAAAAAAGGGUUAUCAUUGUCAAUCAGCUGUGCCACGCGAUCGUCGGAACCUUUUUUUUUUACCUUUUAAAGGAUUUUUUUUACUACCGGUUCGCCCGAACUGGUAGCUUCUAUCACUACCGGUUAGCCCGAACCGGAGCGAACCGGCAGCAUUUCACCCCUGGAAGAAGCCAUGAUUCACAAACCCUUAGCAACCCUUAAGGCCAACCAACUUGGUGCCUCCAUUGGUGCUAUCAACAAAAUGCAGAAAAAUGGUGGCAAAGUGGGACGUGAGGAUUGUGUGUUUCUACAAUGCAAUAAACUAGGCUUUGGUCUGUUGUGAGUCGUUGUGUUGUGGAAACACCCUCAAACAUGACGUUCCCAUUGGGGUUCAGACCUUGCAUUGGGGUUUGUUCAUUAGUUUCAUUCCUCCUUUUGCUGACCUGUACUUAAUGUAUUGUGGAGCCCAUCAGUUGAGUUGGUUAGUUCCGUAAUUGUGCUACAAAGCAAGACAAUGAAAUGCGACAGAAAGUUGUCGCUUCCCGGAGAACAGUCACAGGUUUCCACACGCCUUUGGACAUGCAGAAAUUCAAGAAGAGCCCAUUCUUGUCACCAUACAUUUGCAGUGAUGCAGAGAACGUUCCCAGUUGGAUUUCUGCCUGCUUUGCAAGUUCAUUUUUUUUUAAGCGAUUUAUUUCAGAUCAGCUGUAGAUCUGUUCUGUUUUCUUAGCUUCCUUCCAUUUCUGCCAAGCUACCUUCUCUCUGUAAUCUGGGCAUUUCAGACCGCUGACCUUCGCGCCUUUAAGAAUUCUAUUUUAAAAGAUAAUAUUUAUCUGUCUGUUUCCUAGAAUUGUGCGGGUGUGAGAGCGAGUGAGCCGUGCAGUUGCGACUUGCGUUUUUGAUUGGCGUUCCUUUGGCGCGCUUAAAAAAAAAAAGGAAGGAAGACCGCUGGAAAUGAAAUAAAUGUAACCGUGAAUGAAAGGUGUGCUUUUUAUUUUUCCAAACAAAUUAUUUAUGAUAUGUAAACGGAAUAAACUGAUUUUCAAAAAAAAAAAAAAA